AUGCAACUCGGAGAGCCACAGGAUGAGGUCAGUCUGGCCACACUGAUAGGUCUUUCCCAUGCUGCCAAGAUCAGAAUCCGCUCCCAUGAGAAGGAGCUCGGGAUGCACAGCACGGGCUUGGAGCUCAGUCUGGAAAAUAGGUGUGGAACUUUAAUGGAUUCCUGGAUUCCGGUUUUGGCUCUGUCUAACUGGCUGAAGCCAUGCUGCGGGAGGAGAGCAGCGCUGUGGCAGGUGUGUUUGCUGAGUGCUGGCUUCAACUGUUUCCUGGUGGCCUGUGUCAUCUUGGUGGUGCUCUUACUGACUGUGGAACUGCUCAUUGAUACUAAACUCCUACAAUUUAAUAAUGCAUUCCAGUUCGCCUGUAUCAUCCACUGGAUCAGCCUGGUCAUCCUGUCCGUGUUCUUCACUGAGACUGUCUUUAGGAUUGUGGUGCUCGGGAUUUGGGAUUAUAUAGAGAACAAAGUUGAGGUAUUUGACGGUGCUGUGAUUGUACUCUCUCUGGCCCCAAUGGUGGCCUCCACAGUGGCGAACGGCCCCAGCAGCCCCUGGGAUGCCAUCAGCCUCAUCAUCACCCUCCGCAUCUGGAGAGUCAAGAGAAUCAUUGACGCACGGGUUCUGUUUAUGCAAGUUGAACUGGUACUGCGUUUGCAUUUCUUUCAAAAACAUAAAAAAAUCUUACGAACGCAGCUGGAGAGACUCACACAGAUCUGUCAGGAGCAGGCCUUUGAGAUCAGGCAGUUGAGGGCUCACCUGGCGCAGCAGGAUUUGGAUCUGGCCGCUGAGCGUGAGGCUGCCAUGCAGAUCCACCAUGUGUGGGGGAAACAGAGCAGCAGCUUCCAGGAAAUAGACGGCCUGGGUGCCGCUGGAUCUGACAACGAGUGCCGCGCCAACACCAGAGAGCCCAGACCUCCUUCAGAGAGUGUCGUUCAGGAUGAUAUGAAUAACUACAUCAGUCAGUAUUACAGUGAGCCAAGUAGCGACAUUGGGGUGCCCGACCCUGGUGCACGUGUCAUAACCACAGCAGCCAUCGAUGUCCACCUUCCUACCAACCCCAGCCACUUGCCGCCUUCCCUCGUCAGUGCUGACGGCCCGGGCAGUCGCCAAGAGCGCACGGGCAGCUCUGUAAGUGAAGCAUCCAGCACGACCAUGUCCCGGUCCAGCUGCAGCUUCACAGCCCGGCAGUACAGCGUCAGCAGCCACACACUAGGCUCCACAACUGACUGCAGCUCUACCGUACGGGAGGCCUCCACCUCAGACUACAGCGGCCAACGCUGCUGCCCUCCUCCGUACUGCAGCCCUUUGACCCUCGGCACACAACCAGGCGUCCAUGACCCCAGCGCGGUGGUCAAAGAACUGCUCUCUUCCCUGUCUGAGGACUCCUGCCUGGCGCAGAAAGGCAGGGUGGACCCGGUCAACCUUAAAUUGCCCAGUCCGGCAGGGUCAGUAAAGGCCAGUCCGGAACUGCAACACAGGGUGAGCAUAUACAACAAGAGAAACCAGGAAAGUCUGGGCGUAUUCCAGACCAAGCCACUAAUUCACCUGCAGGGGACCGAGCCAUCUCUGGAGGAGAAGUACAGGCUUAUGGAGCCGGCAGAUACUCCACUGAGCCAUAUACCGGACACAUAGAGCAUGAAGUUUGGGACGGUGACCACCAACACCAGCUGAAGCAGCCUCUCUCUUGGCCUCUCUUUCUAUAUCGCUUACUUACUGGCUGUGUCCGAAAUAUAAAAAAUGGUGACAUUGCUGGCAGUAUCUGGAGGUAGGAAGGCAUCAGGGCAUAUCUGAGUCUAAUGUUUGUGGAACGUUCUCUACUGAAAGAGUGUGACUUGUCAAGAGGUUGCUGAGUCAGUGUAAAUGACUCUGUCAACACUAGUUCUGGAGAGCCAACUUCCUUGUCCAAAUCUGCUCCAACAGACCUUCUUUUAAAGUAAUCCAGAACACCUUCGUUGGUUGGGUAAGGUGUGUCUGAUAAGGGUUGGAGUUAAAUUCCGUGUGAAGUCAACUCUCUGGGAGCAGGGUUGGCUACCCCUGCUUCUUUUCACCAGAUUUAUGUGGAUUCCCUUGUUACAAAUGGUGCAAAAACACAAGGUUGGAAUACACUACAUCUUGUAAAAUGGUUAGAGAAAAAUAUUAAUACGCUUAAAGGGUUAGUUCACCCAAAAA